UUUUGUGUCCAGGUUGGGCAGAAAUUUACAGGGAUAACCUGAACUGGCAGGCAAUUUCAUAUCAGAAAGAACUCUAUAUGUAUAAAUUAAAGGAUUUAAAAAGUUUUUCCUAGGUACAAAAGGAACUGGCCAAAAAUGGUUUUAUCUGAGGGUAGAGUGGGGAACUGGAAAAGGAGGUGAGGAGAAGACGGGCGAACUUAAAAAAUAACACACAUUUUCUUUACUGUGCAGAAAUACAUUUAAACUUUUCGCUUUACACAAUGGUAAUCCACUAUGUAAUUCUGAGCAAGGGGGUGCUUAGGCCAUAUCAGCAUGCAAAACAGUUUGGAAAAGUCAGAAGUUGGGUGCGCAGAGGUUUAGAGGCUGUAAGGGAGUGAUGGGGAAUGGCAAUUAAAUUCGAUCUCAGAUCGAUUUCUUUCCUCUUCUUCCUGAGGUGCUCACGUAAGUGGUACACGGCAUCUCCACACUCGGAUACACACUCAGACCCCUCAGUUCGGAGGCAGCAUGUGAUGACUUGAUGGGACACUGGUGAGAGAGUGAGUCCGGAGCAGGCUCGGGGCAGGACGCUGACUCGGACCUUGGUGCUGGGAGAGACUCCACCAUCUGGGGGCGGUCUGGGGGAAACAGCCUCCAAGUCUUCCUGCUGAUGCAAUCUGCGAGCGGCUGGAGGGCUCCAACUCCGCUGCAUCAAGGCCAGUCUGCCAUCUCGCCCGCCACGUGUGAUCGCCGCCACCCCAGACACUUCCCCAGUCGCGCGGCAGCCGGACCGCACUGUGCAGUCGCCCACCUGGGCCACGCGGCCAGCGGCUAGGACACGUGGGAUUCGCCCUCCGCCCUGCUCGAACUACCCUCCAAGCCAACAGAACAAUGAAGGACUGCAGUAACGGAUGCUCCGCAGAAUACACUGGAGAAGGAGGAUCAAAAGAGAUGGUGGAGACUUUCAGGGCUAAAGAUCUAAUAAUCACACCAGCCACCGUCUUGAAGGAAAAACCAGAUCCCAAUAAUCUGGUUUUUGGAACCGUAUUUACGGAUCACAUGUUGACAGUGGAGUGGUCCUCUGAGUUUGGAUGGGAGAAACCACACAUCAAGCCUUUUCAAAACCUGUCACUGCAUCCUGGGUCAUCAACUUUGCACUAUGCAGUAGAAUUAUUUGAAGGUUUAAAGGCAUUUCGAGGAGUAGAUAAUAAAAUUCGACUGUUUCGGCCAGACCUCAACAUGGAAAGAAUGUGUAAAUCUGCUGUGAGAGCAACUUUGCCGGUGUUUGACAAGAAGGAGCUUCUGGAGUGCAUUCAGCAGCUUGUGCAGUUGGAUCAAGAAUGGGUUCCCUACUCCACCUCUGCCAGUCUCUACAUUCGUCCCACGUUUAUUGGAACUGAGCCUUCUCUUGGAGUCAAGAAGUCUACCAAAGCCCUGCUCUUUGUAAUCUUAAGCCCAGUGGGACCUUAUUUUUCAAGCGGAACCUUUAAUCCAGUGUCCCUGUGGGCCAACCCGAAGUAUGUCAGAGCCUGGAAAGGUGGGACUGGAGACUGCAAGAUGGGAGGGAAUUAUGGCUCGUCUCUUUUUGCCCAAUGUGAAGCCGCAGAGAAUGGUUGUCAGCAGGUUCUUUGGCUCUAUGGUGAGGACAAUCAGAUAACUGAAGUCGGAACUAUGAACCUUUUUCUCUACUGGAUAAAUGAAGAUGGAGAGGAAGAACUGGCAACUCCUCCGCUAGAUGGCAUCAUCCUCCCAGGAGUGACGAGGCGGUGCAUCCUGGACCUGGCGCACCAGUGGGGUGAAUUUAAGGUGACAGAGAGGUACCUCACCAUGGAUGACUUGACAGCUGCCCUGGAGGGGAACAGAGUGAGGGAGAUGUUUGGCUCUGGCACAGCCUGUGUUGUCUGCCCGGUUUCUGAUAUACUAUACAAGGGCGAGAUGAUACACAUUCCAACUAUGGAGAAUGGUCCCAAGCUUGCAACCCGUAUCUUGGACAAAUUGACAGAUAUCCAGUAUGGAAGAGAAGAGAGCGACUGGACAAUCGUAUUAUCCUGAAUGAAAAAUGCAGGAAAUCAACUGUAUGCUUUUGAAAUAGACUGCUGCAUUUGAAUUGUGUUAGAUCUUUUUGCCUACCUGUUAGUAGUUGUGCAUAAUGUAGUUUGUAUUAUUAGUGUGUUACAAGAGUGACUUUUUUUUCCUUUGUGCCAGAGAACAUGGAUUGUAAUUGUCAAAAGGUGUUUUGUAGGCUUGGUAGUACUAGCUUACCUUUCUACCUUUCCCCAGAAAGAUAAUAAUGUAAGCCACCUAACAGAAUUUACCUUAAUAAUUUGAGUGCUUCCCUUAGAACUUCACUCAGAUCCAAAAGUGUUUAUUCUUUAGUAUAAGGUAUGGCUCCUCAACCAGAUGAGAUUUGUGUGUGUUUCUGAAAGCUAAUUUGAGUACAUUUCACAGGUAAUGUUUCCAGUGACACAUCAUUAUCCUCGGAAAGUGUUUUAUUUUCUUUUUAAAAUCAAGAUUCUAAAAAAACUGGAUUUCCUUCCAUCAUCAUGUUUUUCAGGCCCUUCAGUCCAUCUUAAAGUAAAUACCUCCUUUCCUCCAGGUGUCCCAGUCUGCUGUGAGCUCACCUGUGCAUCUGUAAAACCUGGGACUUGCUGCCACUGCCUUUCCACAUGGCAUUGUAACCAGCUGUCCAUUGGCUCCUACCAGACUGAGGGCCUUAUGCCUUAUAGAUCUUUGUAUCCCCACUGCCUGGCACAUGAUAGGUACUCAGUAAAUGUUUUAUGUGAAUGAACAAACGAACGAGUGAACAUAUAGCUUCUAUAGAAGUAUACCUUCUCUGUUUCUGUAUUUGAAACCUCUUUAUUAGAAUUUGUGAACAAUUCUGAUGGUGUGUAAUAGUUACCUCAUAUUGUCUUUAUUUUCCGUGGACUCCAAAGUCUUUAGAGAUACCAACAGGCAUAGUUGGAGGAAUCACUUCAUGCUUGCAGGCUAUCUUGGAGUGGAAGAUAGCUCUAGAGAAUUCGUGAGAUCAUACCAACCAAAUGAAAAUGACAAAUGUUACAUGUUAAGUGUUAAAUGCAAAAUAAAUCAUUUGGAGGGUGAAGGUGAGGGGAGGAAAGAAGAGGAAUCCUCAGGUUUUUAUACUCUUUGUGUAAGUACUCUUUCUGUUGACUGGGGAUUGAGGGAACACAUGGUUAGGAUACAGGGAGAGCAAUUACAGAUGAUAUUUUCCUCCUUUAGGAGCUGUGAAUUAAAAAUUGUAUCCUUUCCUGCUUUUUCUGUGGGAAAGUCAAAUCUUGACAGAAAACAUUUACCCUUGGUAGGUCAACUCUCAGACAUUGUAGUUUGCUUUCCCUCAGUCCUAAAAACUUUCAUCUUGCUGAUCAUAUUUCAUUCUCUUUUCAGAGCAAAGGAAAAAACAUUCUACAAGUUUGAUGCAUUGGAAAAAUUUCCUCAAGGCAUUUAACAACACAUAGCAAAUGGGCUUUGAUUCUUUUCCAAAACUUUUAGCUGUAGGGACUCUUUUAGAGAGGACUGGUAAAAUGAAAAUUAGAGAAGGCUAAGAUGAAAAGGAAUGGUAAAAAUAUCUUUUAGGAGCUUUUAAUUGGUGAUCUGCAGUCCAGGGCCAGUCUUUUCUCUUCAGCCUGAGGUACCCUUGACUCUCCUGCACAUGCUCGGUGAGGGUAUGCAUUUGCCUUUGCUGAGUCCCUUGACCUCCUUCUUAAUAUAGCAGUCCAGAAAAGAAUUUCAGGUAAUUUUAACUGUCAAGUAGCACAUAAUAACUAGACUCUGGCUCCCUUGAGAAAGGGAAAUUACUUGUUUGCCAUAAGUACAUUUUAUACUUUGCAUUUCUAAAUUUAGUUAGCCCAUUGUGAAAGCUAGAGAACACUAUGUUUAUAUGAUUUCUCUCAUAAAAACAUAAGAGCACGUUAAGCCCUUCCCACCAGACUGGGCGAAGGCUAAGUCUGGUGUAUUUCUAAAAACUAGAGGUCUUCUAACACAGAGAGCAUAACUGCCAUUCUCUUAAGUAAAAAGACAGGAAAUUGACCUUGACACUUACUUGUUAAAUGAUUUAAAAGAAACAUCUGCACUUCUUUUUUUCUUGUGCACUGUUUGUUUAAUUGCAGUAGAGUAAUACAGCAAGUGUCACAUUAUAACUAGGCAAUUAUCCAUUCUUCAAGACUUAGUUAUCGUAACACUAAUUGAUCAUUUAAGGCAUAAGAUAGUCUAGCAUUAGGAACAUGUGAGGCUAAUCUGCUCAAAAAGAUCAACAAAUUAAUAUUGUUGCUGAUAUUUGCAUAAUUGACUGCAAUUAUUUAAUGCUUAAUUGGGUUGAUCAAAUGAGAUUCAGCAAUUCACAUGUGAAUGAAUAUAAACAGAACUGGUGGCACUUAAAAUGAUAAUGAUUAACUUAUUUUAUAUGUUCUCUUCCUCCCACUUUUCCAGUUUUUACAUAUCAGACUGAGAUUCUCAGCUUUGCCCAAAACACAUCAGUAAAAACCAAGAUCUUAAAAUGCAGUGUUCUGACAUAGACAAGACCUGAGCAUUUCCUAAAGAGAUUGCUAUUAGAAAAUUUUGGUUGUUAUUGUUACAAUCAAGAAUUCAAUUCAUGACACACCUAAAGAAGAGUCUGGGAUGUGUAGUAUAGUGCAGCUGGCAGGUGAAUGCAUUGAUAAUACCUGUUUUAGCCUUUGCUCUCAAAAGCACAAAAAAAAAAAAAAAAAAAAGGAAAAGAAGGAAA